AUUUAGCCUAUUGUUUUUGUGUCUUUAGGAUCCCAAUUUUUUUUCUCUUCCACUUCCCUAUCUUCUCUGCCUUUUCCACAUGGGUGAUGCUUCCUUUGUUUUCCCCAAGUCUGUCAGUAACAAACACGGGUUAACACAUUUAACAUAUUCCAUUCUUCAACAAAAUAUUUUUAAAGACUGAGGGGUUUUGUUUGGCAUAGAAUAUUAGGCAAGAAGAAAAGAGAAGGGAAUAAUGAGGAAUAUUAAUUUUAGAAGAGUGCCUUCGCUUUCCAUGAAAAGGGGAAAAUAACUGGAAUGCAGCCAGGAUGUAGGAGGGAUUGAUUUCACAAGUGCUGGACACAACCCAGCCCAGAGUUGUUGACUGCAGAAUAAAUUUCAUGUUCAGAAGUGGAUGUUGUCUCUGUCUAAUUUCGUAACACGGCUGGACAGUUAGACUUAAUUCUCCAGAAAAGCAGUACUACUCUACAAAGUGGACCGUACUCUUGCAAUUCACUAACUCACUGAGUCGCUCAGUGUCUGGAACUUUACUCUCUUAUGCAAUUCAAUACUGUGACAUCAAAGAUAGGCAGAAGACAGAGGAAAAACCAUUUUUUUCAAAGCUCUCUUGAAUUGCGUCCAGUUAAUGAGUAUACUGUGGCUUUUGAAGUAUUCAGACCCCAUCACUUUCUCCAAAUGUUGAUGUUAUAGAUGUUUACGUUACCACACAUGACCCAUAACUUAUCUUAAAUCUUUCUCAGUUUAUUAAAAAUAAAAAUUGAAAUAUCAUGGAGAUUAGAAUUCAGCACUUUUGUAAUCACACUCCCUAAAUUUAGAGAGUUAUCAUCAUUGAGAUGUCUUCCUUUGAUCAUCAUUGAGAUGUCUUCCUUUGGUCAUCUUUGAGAUGCCUUCCUUUGGUCAUCAUUGAGAUGUCUUCCUUUGGUCAUCAUUGAGAUGUUUGUAGGACUUGAGUCCACCUGUGGCAAAUUAUAUUUAUUGGGUGCCUCAAAGUAUCCACCCCCCUUGAACUAUUUGACAUGUGAUUGUGUGACAAUAUUAAAUCAAAAUGGAUUUCAUAUUAGUUUAUUUUGUUUUGCAGGGGAACAAAAUGCUGGCGUUAUCUCAUUGACAAUUUGGAAAGGAUAAUAUAACACUGGCUGGAAUUAAAAUGUUUUUACAUACAUAUAUAGAUAUGAUAUGUGUUUAUUCACUUUGUGAUUUAUGCAGAAUUGUGUGUAGAGUAAUGAAAAACAUAUCAAUUACAGCUUAACCCUAUAACCCAACUAAAUGUGGAGAAAGCAAAGGGAUCUAAUUACUUUUUGAGGCCACUCAGUUUCUGCUAAGGGAUGAAUACCAUGGCAACAAGCUACAUUCUCUUCAUAUUCCUCAUCCUUGCAGUUUCAGCGCAGGAGCAGCCCACAUCUGCGGAAGCCCUCCUCCAGAUCUAUCCCCAUAUCACUGGCUGUGUCUCCCAUGACAUGAACACAUUCCGCUGUAGAUGGAAUAUUGGAACAUUUAAAAACCUCACAGAACCCAGAGACCUGCGGAUGUUCUACUACAUCAAUGAUAAAAACAUAUCACCCAAGGAGUGGAGUGAAUGUCCUCACUAUACACCUGACAGGACAGAUGAGUGCUUCUUCAAAGAAAGCUACACAAAGGUCUGGAUGACCUACAGUGUCCAGCUUCGUUCUGGAACUCAGGACAUUGUCUAUGACGAGAUCAUCUUUAUAGUGUAUGAUAUUGUGAAACCAGACCCUCCAAUAGCAUUGAACUGGACCCUGCUGAAUGUGGGUCUAACUGGGAGCCACUUUGACGUCAUGGUAAGCUGGGAACCGCCACACUCUGCAGAUGUGCCGAUGGGCUGGAUGACACUGCAAUACGAGUUGCAGUACCGUGAAGUCAACUCAACACAAUGGAUGAAGGUCGACCUUGAGAAGGGAAUGCAGCGAUCUCUUUACGGGUUGCGCACCAACACCAACCAUGAGGUCAGGGUGAGAUGCAAGAUGCUGGCAUCAAAGUACUUUGGGGAAUUCAGCGACUCUAUAUUCAUACACGUCCCUACUAAAGAGUCCAGAUUUCCAAUUACUGUCCUGCUUGUGUUCGCUGCCUUGAGUUCGGCGGUCAUCCUUAUGCUGCUCAUCUAUUCCCAGCAACAGAAGUUGAUGGUGAUUCUCCUGCCUCCAAUUCCUGGUCCCAAAAUCAUAGGCAUCGACCCAGAGCUCCUGAAGAAAGGUAAGUUGGCUGAGCUGACCUCCAUCCUGGGUGGCCACCCUGACCUGAGGCCGGAGCUGUACAGUGAUGACCCCUGGGUUGAGUUCAUCGACCUGGACAUGGAGGAGUCCAACGACCGACUAACUGAGCUGGACACCCAGUGCUUGAUGGAACGCUCGCCCUCCUCUGACGGUCCUCCUCUCACUAUUGGUUUUAGGGAUGAUGAUUCAGGCCGGGCCAGCUGCUGUGACCCUGAUCUGCCUGACCCAGAAGCCUCCCCCUUCCACCCACUCUUCUCUAACACCAGCUAUGCCCUGGAGCCCUCUGGCCUGGGCAGCACUAAGGCCAACUCCCCAGUUCAGACACCCACCACUGGGGAGGGUCCCUGGACUGCACCUGGCCGGGAGGACCUUUACACCCAGGUGAGCGAGGUGAGACCCACUGGUGAAGUAGUGCUGAAACCUGAUGAGCAGAGUAAGAUGGAGAAGGAAGCAGACGAUAAGGCUGAAAUGGAAAAGGAGAACAAGAAGCAGAGCAAGGAGUUUGACUUUCAGCUUCAGAUGGUGAAUGCUGAUGGGGGAGGUUACACUUCAGAGUUAGACGCUGGGAAGAUGACUACCAGACAAGCCAAUGAGAGGGCCGGUCAGCCAGCUUCAACUGAGGACGAUAGUUUUGUUCAGGAGCAGCCCUCUGAGGCAUGCCAGAGCAUGUACUUUGAGGCUGACAGGCCCCCCAUUCCACCUUCAUCUUCCAUUUCCACUCUGCCCCCUGUUUCUGUCUACACAUUGGUGGAAGGAGUAGACAGGCAGAACAGCCUCCGUCUGAAGCCUAGCCCUCAACCUGUACACAAGCCAGUCGUAAGCAAGCUGUUCUUGCCCACAACUGCACCAGAGGGGUACCUGACCCCUGACCAAAUGGCUAAAAGUACAACAUAGCUAUGAGGUGUACAAAAUGUGCCAUUAGUAAUUUGACACAGAUCUGAAGGGACAUAGGAAUUCCUGAAUGCCUGAGUAGGAUGCACUGCCUACCCCACCUCUUUCCAUUCCUGUUAACAACAUGACAGCUAUAUACAUUUGGGAUUCAGAAAUAUGGAUGGGGGAGUAUAAGAAAGGGUUCUGUUAUCCAAGGUCUGAAUGGAUGUCCCACACCUGUCUACUAACGCCUUGAGAACAAGUGGCAAAAAGGUAAAUAGCUAAAGUCAAAAUGGAUAACGAUCUCUCAGGAGCUGUACAUAUGAAUAUGCAAACAUAAUACUAUGAAUGUAAAAUAAAAACAUGUUUUGAAGUGACUUUAAAACACAAGCUAUGUUAAAAUCCAGUAAACAGAGAAAUAGUAAUGUAAAGUGUUAAUGUUGUUUACAAUAAUUCCAACAAAUGGUUUAUAUAAAUGUGAAAAUUAUUUCACAUUUUUUUUAUAUUGUCAAAAAGGAAGCAUUUGAUGACCAAGUGGGAAUCCACCAUCCAUGUUGUUCUGAUUUGUUGUCUUCAACAGCAUAGCUCAUUGUUCUCACUGGAUGUUUGCUUUUGUGUUUAUUAAAAAAAAAAACGUACCGUUUACCAUUUCGUAGGUUACCACUUGAAUAAACGGGAUUAUUUCAUCAGAUUA